UUUGCUUGGAUAGUCUAUUUACUUUUUCGUUUUUGACCGCUCGAUGCUGUCCUGUGACUGUCUGGUGUCAUAAUCUCUUUCAUUAAUGAAUUUCUAGUAAUGAAUUUCUGACAAAAAGUUCUUUUAAAAGAUACGUGAGACCAGUAGGUUUACGAAGAAAGACAAACUCGACAGCAAAUUUAUUUAAAAAGAAAAUAAUUGCAAGACAUGGUAAAUGUGACGAAGGGCAUUUUGGUUGAAUGCGAUGCGGCUAUGAAGCAGUUUCUUCUACAUUUAGACGAAACAUCUGCGCUAGGAAGGAAAUUCAUAAUUCAAGAUCUGGACGAGAGACAUCUAUUCAUAUCUGCCGACAUAUUGGAAACUUUACAAGCAAAAGUAGAUGAUUUAAUGGAUCAGAUAUCAUUCCCACUGGCAGAAAAGGGUGUAUAAAAAGGAAGAAACGAGAG